UUGGGUUUGUUGGUUAAAAAAAAAUGUUGCUGAGGGACAUGGAAAGGGAGAGACAGAGAUGUAUGUGGAAUGGUAAACAGGCCUAAAGCCUUAAGGGAAAGGAAGGGCAGUGCUUGGCGUUGGCGUGAACGAGAUGGAAACAAAAACAAACAGGGAGGGUUAGUGUUUUGUGGGGCUUUGCCUGCAGACCGCAUUGGGAGAUGGGUCUUAAUUAUAUUAAUAUUAUUUAAUUUGUACGCUUAGUUUAGAGAUAGAGAGAGUGAGGAGAAAAGGGUCGUUUUCGCUUUUUAAUUUUUUUUCAUAUAGGAGAGAGCCAGAGAGUGAAAAAUCUAACAAGGAAAAGAAAGAUGGAGACCUUAGAGCCAUUCGGGUUAUUUGGUAAAUUACAGGUUACAGUACUCUUUCAAUCUCUCUCUUUGUUUUAGUAGUAUUUCAUUUUAUCUUUCAAAGGCUCUCUCUCUUCCUUCCAUUGCUCAAGUGGGUUUUAUUUUGUUUUCCUUCUUUCUCUUCUCCUUUCUGAGGAGAGGAGAAUAGCUCCAAGACAGCUCUUUUAUCUGGGUUUUGUGGUCUAAUCCUUUAUUUUCUUGUUGAGAUUCUUUUAGAUCGAUCAAGGUCUUUCAUUUGCAUCCGUUAGGACUAUAAAAAAUUUGUACGGAAGUUCAAAGUAGCCCUAAUGCAGGGGCAGAGGGGUACUGUUGGUUCCUUGCCUGAAACCUUCUUUGACCAUGGUUCUACAUCAAGUAAUGCUGCUAUAGACCAGCAGGUUUGCUGGAAUAAUAUUCGAAAUCCUAUAGAAAAUAGACUGCCUGAUUAUUUGCUGUCAUCAAAUGACAUGAACAUUGGAUAUGUGAACUCUAUUGGUCGAGAGGAGCAGGAGCUGGGCAGAUGGAGCUUGGGAGAGCCUAGCUCUAGUGGCACACAGAAUGAGGGCAGCCAUAAUGAGCAGAAAAUAGACCAGGGAUGGUCAUCUUCCAUGAGUGUUUCUGCAAAUGCUGGUCCAAGGUUAGAAGAGCAGCUGUAUGAACCAAACUCUCUAUUUGUUCAAAGUUCCAAUUCUAAUGCGGUUCCCCAGAAUCUCAAUUUAAAUGCUGAGUUAGUGGGUCAUGGUGAUGGUAACCGUCAAGUUACAGAACGAUCUAACCUAUAUGAGCCUAGUGGAUCCGAAAAUGAGCGGAUUUCACCUGGUCCUGGUCCUGGUGCUGAAGCUUUACUACUUUCUUCUGGAAGUGGUGGUUAUGUUGUGGAUGAUAAUGAUAGCAGACCUGAUUGCUCAUAUGAGGGUCGUCGUGCAUCCCGCAAAAGAAAGGCUCUUGAAGGAAAUGUUGAGCAGUCCUCAUCAAGUGGAAGUUCAAGCUACUUUCAUCGUGCAGAAAGCAGUGCAUGGCAUGGAGUUUCUUCUAGCUAUAGUGCAGGAAGCAGUGUGAAUAUGUCUGCCUCCCGAGGUGAGGUGCACCCUAGACUUGGAUUAGAGUUUAGAGGAUCAGGUGCUGACAGCAUUCCUGGACCAAUUGUUUUACCAAUUCCAGAGGGCUCACACCGGAAUUUCCGAAUGAGAAUAAACCCUUCUAGUAUACAAGAACCUAUCAAUCCUCCGAUAUUUUCUUCAGGUGAUACAUCCAGGCAGUCUGUUCUUUCGUCUUCACAGCAGUCAUCAAGACUUCUUCCAACUGAUCAUUCUCUGGACUUAAGGUCAACACCAGUGGUAGAUAAUGCAAGUCCUCAAAACCCGAAUGUUGUAAUUCGUGUUCCAACUUUACCUCGAAAUGUGCAGCCAUUUAGGUGGAAUGGAGGUUCUGGCUCAAGAACUGGUAGUUCAUCAAGUUCUAAUGUAUCUGGGGAUAGAGAUGCUGUACCACGAGAGGGACAUCAAUCAAGAAGCAUGGCUAGAAACCUAUUAGAUCAUCCUAUGUUUGUUCCUGCACCUGAGUUGAGAACUUUGGUUAGAAAUCCAACAAAUCGAGGCUUAAUCAGUGGAAAUAUAAAUGUUCCUGGAAAUGGUGCUUCUACAUCUCGUGCAGGCACAAGUUCUGGUGCCAAUGCAUCAACUUCUUCCACAUAUGUUCCUCAUCCUAACCCCUCUUCACAAUACCCACGGAGAUUGUCAGAAAUUGUUCGUCGAUCAUUGAUGUCUUCCCUUGGUGCUGAGCCUGGAAGCCAGGGCAAUCAUUCUUCACUUUCUUCAGGAGCACCUACUUCUCCAGAACAGAUGCUACUUUCCUCUGGAGUAGGUAAUCAGGGGCACCAUCUUCCAUACCCUAGGUCAUUGUCUUGGUUGGAGAGACAAGAUGCUGGUUUGCUUGGAAUUCCCCCUUCAUUGCGAACUUUAGCUGCUGCCACUGAGGGAAGAGGCAGGCUUGUUGUGUCUGAGAUUCGCAAUGUCUUGGAUCUCAUGCGUAGGGGUGAGAACUUGCGUUUUGAGGAUGUUAUGAUCCUUGAUCAAUCAGUAUUUUUUGGAGUAGCUGAUAUCCAUGAUCGACAUAGGGACAUGCGGCUUGAUGUUGAUAACAUGUCAUACGAGGAAUUAUUAGCUCUGGAAGAGCGCAUUGGUAAUGUAAACACUGGGUUGAGUGAAGAAACUAUAUUAAACCGUCUGAAACAACGAAAGUACUCUAGUGCACCAGGAGCUCAAUUAGAGGCAGAACCAUGUUGUGUUUGUCAGGAAGAAUAUAAUGAUGGAGAAGAUCUUGGAACACUGGAAUGUGGCCACGACUUCCAUGCUGAUUGUAUCAAACAAUGGUUGAUGCACAAAAACUUGUGCCCCAUUUGUAAAACAACGGGUCUGACUAAAUGCGAUGACCAACUGUUUUCAGGCAAUUAGUUCUUCCUCAGGAUAGAGAAAGAAAGACCGGCAUUGAAAGUUUGUGGCUUGGCUUCAGUAAUUCAUUAAACCCGAUGCCUUAAAGUGUGCCAUAUGCAGCCUUCACAGUUUUCAUUUCGAGAUUAAUCCAUGGCACUGCUAAUUCAAUUGCCAGAGGCACUUUCUACUACCAAUUCUGUCGAACAAAACAAUCUUCUGGGUGGAUGACACAAAUGUCUGAAGCACUGGGAACAGAGCUAGUUUCUACAUUUUUCAUUUUAUCAUUGCACUAUUAGUUUUUAUGUAUGAAUCUUCAGCCCAUUGGCGAGAUAGAUAAUUGAAUAUCUUUUGAUGCUCAUUUUUUUUUAUUUUUUUGGGAGGGGUUGGUGGUGUUGAGAUAAUUAUGGAUACUCCGAGGCAGGUCAAGUAUCUUAUCAACUUGUUUUUGUUUUUCAAAAUUCUGCUGUUGCAUUGAACACUAAUUUUCAAGAUCUCUCCAUGACCAUUAAUAGGUUGAUUCACUGUUCAAAUCUGGGGAGGGGGUGAGGUUUGUUUCUGUCAAUUCUCUGCGGUGGAUCCUUUCAAAGCCUGCUUGUACUCAAGUAUUCGUUCGUAUUCUAAAUUGUUUAAAGAACUUUGAAUUAUGGAGUUUUGAAAUGU